GACACUAUCAUCACAAGCUUGCGUAUCUGCAGCCCAUUCCGAUAAUAUACAUUUUUUAACGUUUAAUAUUGUAAAUAAUAAGAACAGACAUAAUGAAUUCAAUCCGGAUUAUGCUGCAGAGGAAUGCGCAUCAGCUGCGCCAAUUCCACAAAUGUGUCGCACAUAAUCAAGCUGAGGCUGCAGCUGCAACUGCAACAGAAAAAUUGACAAUUCCAGUACCAGAAGGAGUUGACAAACCAGUUAGUCCAAAAAUUGAUAAGAUUGCUCAAGAAAUCACUUCUCUCAACCUUAUUGAAGUAGCCGAGCUCAGUGAUUUAUUGAAAAAACGAUUAAAUCUCCCUGAUGCUCCAGUGAUGCCAGUGGGAGGUUUUGCUGCAGCUCCAAGAGUAGAGGAAGAAGAAGCUGCGCCUAAAGCUAUCAAGAGUUCAUUCACAGUCAAACUUAUGAAGUUUGAUGACAAACAAAAGGUUGCAUUGAUCAAAGAAAUAAAGAGCAUUCUACCAGGAACAAAUUUGGUGCAAGCCAAAAAGUUUGUGGAAAGUGCACCUCAAGUUGUGAAAGCUGAUAUUGCUAAAGAGGAGGCAGAUAAACUAAAAGAAGCUUUGUCCAAAGUUGGAGCAGAAAUUGUUAUUGAAUAAACUGUAAUACUAGUUGAUACAUUUUUAUUACCUUAGAUUAACUUGUAUGUUGAGUACUAAACUGUACCUGCAUUUAGGUAACAAGAUAAUUAAAAUUAAUCGAUUUUUUAUCUUGCUUUGUUACUAUAAAUAAAAUUUAUUGAAAUAAAAUUUCUUCUUACCUACA